AUCUUAAUUUACGUUUUCGAACCCCGAAUUUUUUUGCACGCCUUUCAUUCAUUUUUCACCUCCUUUUUCCUUUUUUUUUGUAACCAUAAAAGAAAUGACUAUUAGCACACCUCCUACGCAACAAGGCACUCAGACUUCCGAGAAAGAGGAGAUAUGGUCUACUAUUCUAAAAGGCGUUGCUUCGUCUAAAAUGGUUCCCAGCAAAAAGAUUCUUGUGUUGGGUGAUCCUGGAAGUGGAAAAUCAACACUGAUUCACUAUCUAAAGAACGAUCCUGGACCGCAAGCUAUUCAAAACGACAAUGAUGAAGUGCCAACAGCGACCAAUGCCCCCUUUAGCAUAAGUAGUCGUCCUAAUUACAUUCCAGUUGACAAUCACGACGAUGAUGACGCUACCAACACUUUAGCUUUGGGCUAUAGCUUUAUUGAUAUUCAGGACGAAGAUAAUGAAGCCAUUGCACGUUUAGGGGUAUAUCAAUUAGGACUUUCAGCUGCAGAAUACAUGCCUUUGUUGAAAUUCGCAUUGAGUACAGAGACACUAGCUGAUUCAGCAGUCAUUAUUGUGUUGGAUUGGACGCGUCCUUGGGAGUUUUUAGAGUCAUUACAACGUUGGAUUGAUGUGUUGCAACGUAGAAUUGAUGAAAUUUGUAAAGAAGGGAGUGCAGGAGAGACAUGGAGUAGAGGAAAAGCAGUUGUAGACGAAUUAAGAGAAAAGGUUGAGCAUUAUAUGCAGACAUAUACUGAGCCUGUGCCUAAUACAGCAUUUAAUCUUACUGCUUCUACAUCUACAGGCUCUGUGCCUUCUACACCUACCGCAUUUACUACACCACUUGUUACCACUACGACUUCAGCAGAUCAAGUCACUUUACCACUCACACAAGGUGCAUUGACAAAUAACCUUGGUAUACCUUUGAUUGUUGUGUGUUGCAAGAGUGAUGCUCAAAUUACACUUGAACAAACGUUGGACUAUAAAGAUGAACAAUUUGAUUUUAUUCAACAAACACUUCGUUGUGUCUGUAUGAAAUAUGGUGCUGCCUUAUUAUAUACAUCAACACUUCAACCUUACACUUAUCAUAAUUUGCGCCAAUACAUUAUUCAUCGACUAUUGACAACUUCUACAAAAGCAUAUCCAUUCCAAUUAAAGGCACAGGUAGUGGAGCGCGAUGCUGUCUUGGUUCCAGCAGGUUGGGAUUCGUGGGGUAAAUUACGUGUCUUGAGGGAAGGAUUUGAUUGUGAAGCAGUCCAUCAAGGCUGGGAUUCAGAUAUGGAUGCUGUAGCAGAUCGACAACAGCCUGGUUUCCAUGGAGCUCGAGGAAACUAUGAAGAAGUGAUUGCUGAUCCUAACUCUAAAGAACAGCCUUUGAGUAAUAUCCCUCCUCCUGUUACUUGUGAAGAUGAGCAAGUAUUCUUGGAAAGACAUUUCGAUACUUUACAACAUGGUACUGAAUUACCAGGCAGAAAGGGAACAGGAGCACCAAGCAUAACUAAGCCAAGCGUUGUUGGUCCACUUGGUGUUUCUUCUGCUACUAUUGAUCUCAUGCGCUCAGGGGAAGACCGUAGACUCAAGGACUCGCCUUUAGACGCAAUCAAGAUGGCCUCAAAUACCACUAAUGUCACAUCAAAUAAAACAACCACCAUGACUGCUCCUUCUACAACACCAGGUACAACCACUUCAGCAUUACCAUCCAUGGAUACCAAUUUGAAUAAUCCUAUUGGUGGGGUCAAUCAACCCGGUGGUCCUUCUCAUGAAGUAUUGGCCAACUUUUUCCAAUCUUUAUUGGUCAAAAAGGCUUCAUCUUCUUCAGGUGGUGCAUCUUCUCCUACAACACUGCUAGGAAACUCUACGUUGGGCUCAAGAGAAGGUUCAUCAGAAGACAUGACCACCAGUACGAAUACAACUGCAACUACAAAUACUACAAAUACUACCACAUCACCAUCGUCAGGUACGACAAGAAGACCUACUAUUAGUAGAAAGGAUGUUCAUAAAGAACUAGAUCGUAUGCGUCAGUACGUAAACAAGCAAUAAUAAUAAUAAAAAAAAAAAAAACUGAGCUGUC